AUGGCAGACCCACGGCCUCGAGGAUGCAGCAAGGUCGCUAAUAAAGCCCACUACAUAUACCUUGCUGCGCCUUGGUGGAACCCACAUUUCAACCACCAUUUGAACAGCUUUCGUUUUGGUAAAUCCAUAAUCUUGAUUACAAGAGUCAUGUUCCCCUACGGCCACCCUUUACAGAUGGCUCCUCGCCGAAACGGUUGGCAUGAGCAACAUUACGCUCCACGUCUUGAGCCGCGGCAUGAAGAACGAUAUAUGUCCUAUGAAUAUGAAUACCGUCGCCCAAACGUCUACCAAAACUCUUACCCUCAGCCGCCCAACAGAUAUUCGGCGCCUGGCAUGAUGCUCCACGUUAGCAGCGGCAAUCAUGUCUCAGGACAUUAUCUCCCACAGCGAAGUUUGACGCCGUAUCCGGAGAGAGGCCGUUCAGAACCCCCACAUUACCCACCCAAUCCAACUUCGAAUUAUUCAGACCACGCCCGCCACUAUCCAGAGCCCUCCUACGGUAGAGGCUACUCAGAGGAGAGCGAACAUCGCCGCCGGCACGAGAACGAUCCAUAUUCGCAAUACGGCGGACCACACGACCACAGGCGCCCCAUGCCAACGCCACAACGAAGAGGAGGUUCGUGGGUUGGAGACCAGCCUCCACUCGAUGCACGUUUACGUUCGACCAUGAUCCCCGACGAGCACCGUGCGUCCCGAAGCAGAGCUCAUAGCCCAAUGUACGAGGAUGCGGAAUGGGACAUGCAACAACACCAGAGACAGAAAUUGGAGCGUAUUGGGGAAGUUGUCGACGUAGAGGACCAUUAUCCAGGGCCAGGACAUGGAAGGGCGCCUUUGAUAAAGGGCGAGUGGCCGGAAGAAAGAUAUAGAGGUGGCCAUGAGGAGGAUUCAGGGUACGGCUCGGACGAGGGUGAAUCUCUGGUCGAUGAUGAAUGGGAAGGGCCCGAUGAAGCAUUACACCAUGCCACCCCACAUCGAAGCCCAUGGCCUCGCAAGGGAGAUUAUGGUCAGCCAUACGAGCCAGGAGCCCCACAGGAAUACUACCAGAGACCCUCACAGUGGUCACAACCCAAUAGCAUGAAGUUCAGAGGUGGUUGGCAGAGAUGA